GAUUUGUCUUUGUAAGUCUGGAAAGACAAAUAGCUUGCACUUUGUGUCUGUCGUAGAACAUUAUAAUUAUAUAAGCCUACGCUUUAAAAAAAUUCAAACUGAACCGUUAAUGUGAUCUACCAGGAUCACGGGACUAACUACAAAUACAAAGUUAAAGUUAAUAUUAAUGUGAUAAACCAGACUCACAAUCAAAAUUUAAAACUUGAAAUUACUUACUGUAACUGUAACCUACAAAAGUAACAAAAAGUUAAUUAUUAAUGUGAUUGGUUGUGAAUAUUGUGAUUGUGAUACUGAUACUGAUAUACAUCGGGCUAACACUUAAAAAAACAACAGGACAGUACAGUACAGUGUUUCAAGUUUCAGCAGUGUAAAUCAGUGUAAGUGUAAGUUAAACGUGUAACACUAACACAUUGCCUACAGCCUACAAACUAGACUAACACUUAUACUUAUAUAGGCCUAUGCUAUAUACUAUAUAUUAUAUAUUAUAUAUAUAUAUGUAAGUUUGAAUUUCUAUAAUUAUAUCCGUGAGCAUGGGUGGCGUUAGAUGUAGAACUAGAACUUACAACUAGCCUACAUAGCAACUUGAACAAUUAGGAGUCAGGAGUAGUCUAGUCUAGAAAAGUUAAGAAGAAGACAUUUUUAAAACUUUUUGUUCUGCUCUGCAAGGAAACUAGGACGCCUUACUUACUUACUAGCUUAGAAAUAGAUGGGUGAUUUUGAUUUAGCAUUUAAUGUACGCUUUUUUUUUGUUUAAAGGACAGGACAUUAAAUUAAAUUUUAAAUUAAAAAUUAUCUAUGAACUAUGAGGGAAGCAUUAUGCGCACAUUGUAUGUAAAGUAUAAUGCUAUUAAUGCUAAGUUGACAUUAAGUGUUAUCAGCAGACUGAAAUUUUCAUAGAAUAUAAUAUUAAUGCAAAGCGUUAUCGGCAGACCAAAAUUUUCAAAUAAUGCAGAAUAUUAUCUGCAGACAGAAAUUUUUGCAUCAUCUCGCAAAUUUCAAGAAAUAGUUUGGAUCUUAUUCCAAGACGGGAGGGGUAGUCUUCUUCUUCUUUAUUUUAAGGGCCCACGAUCAAUGAAUUGAUCAUUCUGGCUCCUAUGUUUCAGAGAGGUUUGCGAUGUUACUGUCCAUGGGUUUCAAUGGGAUACUUCACUGGUUGCAAGGGCGACUCAGCAGUGGUGUUAUGAACUGGGGGUUGGAAUACAGGAGGCAAUAGACACAAAUGUAUCGAGUGUAGCCGCCUCAACUGUUGCUUUUGGAAGCUUGUUCCAGUCCCCUAUUGUCUUCGGCAGGAAUGAGGAGCUUCUGUACUUCGUUCUUGUUUUUACCAGCCGGAACUGUUUGUCGUGACUUCGUCGCAGUCUGGGGGGAAGAUUAACGAGUUUCUGUUUGAUUCCGGAGCAGUGCACCAGUCCAUUUGUUAUCUUGUACAACAUGGUGAGCCUGGAUAGUCGUCGUCGUUCUUCCAAUGUCGACCAGCCCAGUGUUUCCAGCAUGCUGCCAACACUCGAGGUGCUUCUGUAGCGGUUCAUGACAAAGCGUGCUGCCCGUCGCUGGACCGCCUCCAACCUGUCUAUGCUUUUCUGGGUAAAUGGGUCCCAGACUGUAGAAGCGUACUCUAAAAUAGGUCGGACAAAGGCUUUAUAGGCUUUUUCUUUCACGCUUGAGUUGCCGAUCUUCAGAUUGCGCCUUAGGAACCCCAGGGUCUUGUUUGCCCGGUUGCACACACUGUUAAUGUGCUCGUCCCAGCGGACCUCUCUUUGGAUGGUAACACCCAAGUACUUAACGGAGGAAACUGGCUCAAGAAUAUGGCCAUGCAGUUCGUAAGAGUGGUUUAGAGGGAACCUGCUUCUGGAGACUGACAGGGUUUGGCACUUGACGGGAUGAAAUUCCAUGUCCCAGCUUAUCUCCCACUCAGCUAACCGAUUGAGGUCUUGUUGAAGCUGGCUCUGGUCAGAGCUGUUGACCAUUGUCCUAUAUACCGCCGUGUCGUCUGCGAACAGUCUUGCUUGAGAGGUCAGCUUCUCGGGCAGAUCGUUGAUAUAUGCUAGGAACAAACAAGGGCCUAGCACUGAGCCCUGGGGGACCCCUGACUUAACACUGACAAAGGAGGAGGUUUUGCCAUCUACCACUACUGCCUGGCAUCGGUCGCUGAGGAAGCUAGAGAUCCAUGUUUUGGUAGUGCCUUGGAUCCCAUAUCUAUGCAGUUUGUGCAAUAGCAAGCUAUGGUUGACACGGUCAAACGCUUUUGAAAAGUCCAGCACAAGCACAUCAGUCUGCUUGCUGUAUUAAGUAUUGUAGUAUAUAUUAAUCUUUAAUGAAUUUAAUGAGCAUGGCAAAACACAUUUCAACACUGAAGCUAUGCAAAAAUUAAAGAAAACAUUUUAAUAGGCCUAACCAUUUCCAUUUACUUUUAAGCUUAAAGCAGGGGUCUCCAAACUAUGGCUCGUGGGUCGUAUCCUGCCCACGAGGCCCUCUCAUCCAGCCCGUGAAGGCCUUUUUGUCAACGGAAAAAAUUACGGAAAUUGACAGGUUUCCUGCCAAGAUUAGCCACUGCUUACGUGGACGUUAAUUUUUUUACCGAAUUAAAAUAGAGGCAUGCAGUAGUGCGUUAUGUUUUCCAACCGAUCACUACAUUCUAAAACCUUAUUCGCUGUUUAUGAAGACAUGAAGAUCACACAAGAGCUGGCUUCCCUACAUAGCUGGUACGGCAAUAUUAUCGGAGAGGAUAUAUUCAAUGAGUUGAAAAAAACAUUUGCUGAUUAUAACUUGGACUGAAAUAACCUCAGUCGCCUGACAGUUGAUGGAGGAAAGAACAUGUGGGGCAUAAGGAAAGGCUUGGUUGGACAAGUGAAGCAGAUGUAUAAUGAGAAAAACAUUCUACAACCAAUGUUCUUGCACUGUAUUAUUCACCAGCAAGCUUUGUGUGCUAAAUAUGCGGAAAUUAGCAGUGUACUGAAUCCUGUGGUGAAGGUGGUGAAUUUAAAAAGGUCACAUGGGCUCAACCAUAAACAGUUCAGACCUGUUGAAAGAUACAGACACAGAAUUUCAAGAUAUACCAUAUUACACAGCAGUAAGAUGGCUAAGUUGUGAAAAAGUUCUGAGAAGAUUAGUUAAGUUAGAAAGGAAAUAUGUGACUCCUGGAAAGUAAAGGCAAACCACUGCUGUUACUGUCUGAUGAAGACAUAACUCGUCAUUUAAACUUUCUAAAACUAAAACUACACAGAGAGGAAAAUAUAGUUUUCUAUCUAUACACCCACCUAAAGGCCUUCAGAUACUAACUCAUCUUGUUUUUGAAGCAAAUACAGGCCAACAACUAGACGCACUUUCAGCAGUGCAAGGUCUUCAUGGCUGAAGCAACAGUGGAGUUCCCCACGUCAUUUGCAUGCGAGAUCAUCAAAGACCUCCAGCUGCAGUUUCAGCAGCAGUUUUCUGGAUUCAAAGGCAGAAGAAGUGAGACUGUUUCAAAACUCAUUUGAAGCAGAUGUGGCCAGUUGCCCAGAUGAACUGCAGCUGGAGAUCAUUGAGUUGCUAGCAAAUGACCUUCUUAGGGACAAGUUCAAAGAAGGACUGGUGGGUUUUUAUCACAUUUUUCAAUAUAACUGUGAACAAACAUUUUCAAGAAUGAAAUACGUGAAGAACAAUUUGAGAACAAACUUGUCCGAUGAUAAUCUCAGGCCACUGUUAUAGGGACAUCAGAUCUAAAGCCAGAAAUGGCUGCUAUUUUGGCAUCCAGGAAAAUAUUUCACCAUUCCCACAAAUACAGGUGUUCAUGUGUGGCGUAUCAAUGUGUUAUUAAAUAAUAACUGAAUAAAAUAAUAUUAAAUAAAUAAUUAAAAAUAGCAUCCAUGUUUUGAUUAUUUUUUUAUUUAGAUCUAGAGCGUGUAGUUGGCCCCCGAAUUGCUGUUUGAUAAUUAAUGCGGCCCUUGGGUUGAAAAGUUUGGAGACUCCUGGCUUAGAGCAACAGGCGGUCCUCACGCCUUUUACUGUGCCCCUCCACGGUGCUUCUAACAGCAAUUUCUGAAUUUAUUGUAUUAAUGUAAAUAAAUUUUCAGAAUAUUUGAACUGUUUAGUUGUAUUGAAUUUCUUGUCCUUAUUAUUAUAUGAAAUUAAAGAAAACUGUUAUACCAUCGUGACAAGAAAACUAUAGCCUGCUUUCCAUUAUUAAGUCACACCAUAAUAUAGGCUUAUAUAAUACCAUAUUAUGUGAAUUCCUUUUAAAAAACAUAUUGGAAAGUGGUCAAUUAAUUGUACCUACAUCUGCUCUGUUGGGGGCCAACAUAGGGUCUAUUCGACCUAUGUCUAGAGAUUGUUACUUAUAUAUCCAGUUGAUCCACCUAGACAUAACUCUAAUUUUUUAGUAUUUCAUAUUAAAAAUUAUACUACUAGUAAUAAAAAUAUGUAGCCUAAGUCAGACUGGUUCCAUGGGCUCUGAAGUUUCCCUUGCCUUGUAAGGGAGUAGGGAGUCAGUUGCAUGUUUCAAUUCUUUAUGUAGACUUACAUUUACCCAAUUUAGAGAGGUCUUAAAAUGAUGUCAAAGCUUGAUAGGGCAUCAUUUUGUUUCUUUAAGUACUCACCUUAAAUAAGAUAUUUCACCUGGUCCACAAAUUUUCUGUCUGAAAUAGUUGCAUGGUCAUGCCAUCCUACAGUGUUAUGAUGCAGAGAGGUGGCGCGUUCGACUAGCCAACCGAGGGUCCCAGGUUCUAAUCCUGGUGAAGGCUAGGAUUUUUUCUUGGCUCUUGAGGGUGUCCGUGAGUUUACCUAACUCUGGUGGGUACCUGGCAUUAGUUGAGUGAAAAGUAAAGGUGGCUGGCCACACACUUAGCUAAUAUGCCAUUGCCACAAAUACACAACUCUUGAGAUAAAAAAAAAUAUAUUUGAAGUAGUUAAUGUUUUAUGUGCUUAUUAGAGAAAAAACAAAUGAAUGUUAUAGUCUAUAAAUGAAGUUAUACAAAGAAAAAAUAAAAAUAAACAGUCUAAAGAGCUUUUUUAGUAACGUUAUACUCAGUAAAGAUUAGUAAAGUAUAUAAAAAUGUCCAGUUAGAACAGCUAACACACAAGUAUAUAAAAAAUGUACAGUUAGAACAGCUUGUACACAAGUACAUCGAAAUGUACAGUUAGAACAUCUAUCAGGGUUCUUAAGCUAAAAUCAUUUUAAAAUUUCCAAACUUUUCAAAGAAUUCCCAAACCAAAUAUCACUGAUGUGUCAAUUUUAAUUUCGUCAUUUUAAAGAAAAAGUAUACAUGAAGUUAAAAAAUCAUUACAACUUGCCACAAAUGCACUUAAUUUGAAAUUAUGCGACCAGCAGCGAAUCUGCGCAUAUUGUUGGGUGUUAUCGGUAGACCGAAAUUUUAGAACAACAAUGAGCAUUAUGUGCACAGCUGUGCGUAUAAUCACUUUGCUCGAAGUCAAUUGACUAUUGAAUUUGAGUAUUAUUAUUGUAUUUAAUUGCCUAUGCCUGUUGUUUAUUAUUAUCAUCAGUAUCACUGUUCACUAGUGUCAAUUGUCAUGUCAGUAGAGUGUGUAUAGUAUAGUAUGAAAUGAAAGGGACUAACAAUAAAUUAAAAUUCAAAUAUUUUACUAUAUAUUUUAUUAUUAAUUAUAUUUUAUAUUAUAUAGGUUUAGAAAUGUCUAUCAAUAACUAAAGUGAAAAUCUUGGUCUCGGCCUUUUAAUUUUUAUUUAAUAUAGCCUUGUCUUAGACUAUUAAUAGUACUAGUACUAGUAUUUCUAUGAUUAUGAGUCUAACUUAACUAAUUAGUUUAAUAACUAUUACAAUUUACAAUAGAUAUACUAUGGUCAUAGUACCGGGUACUAGAUUAUUAUUAGCUAUACCAAUUGUACAAAGACCCACCCACAUUUGAAAUGAAGCGAAGACAAAAUAAACAAUAAUGUCAUGAAAGACACACAGAUGACAACAUCAAUAUAAACAAGCACACCUUUGAGUGAGUAGCUACCGGUACUUAAAAUCAAAUCUCUAGGGGCGACUAUAAACAAGCACAAAUUAAUAAAGUAAUGUCGGAGGUGAAAGAAAGGAUAACAUCUGGCAACCGUUCCUAUUUCAGCCUACAAAAGCUAAUAUACUUCUAAGAAGCAAAUACUUCACAAGGGGAACAGAGAAUGCAAUGUACACCACUAUUAUAAAACCAAUAGUUACUUAUGAAAGUAAGACCGGAAAAGCAGAAAACCUGCUAAUUACAAGGGAGAGGAAAAUUCUCAGGAAAAUAUAUGGCUCAGCGAUAGACAAUCUUGUUUGGAGAAUCCAUACAAAACCAAUAGCUAUAGAUCUAUCAAUAAUACAAAGACCCGCCCAUGGUCACAACAAUAAAAAAGGGCAGCCUGCGUUGGUCAGGACAUAUUGAAAGGAUGUUGGAUUUUAGAACUGCAAAAAUUAUAUACAGGCAGAAAUCUAGGGGCAGAUGACUCACCGUUCGCCCAAGGCUGAGAUGGAUCGAGAUGUAGAAAAGGAUUUACAUCAGUUGGGGGUUUGUGCAUGGAAGCGGUGGAGCAGGCCAGCGCCUUACAUGGGCUGUAGCGCCACUGAUGAUGAUGACUAGUUUAUUAUUAUUAUUAUUACGUAAGUAUUAGUUAAGAAAAUUCAGAAGUGAAAUGACUCAAAACUUAGUGGGAGGCAUAAUACACAGUUGCCUGGGAAUAAUACUCAACAUUAUUUGCAGCCGAUAAAGGGUUCACUACAGUUAGCAAUUUAAAUUAAAGAAUGUGGUGGAAUUAUUGGCUGUAUUAUAUAUAUAAUUUGUUUUAAUUUGAACAGACUUUAUUAAUAUGCAGUAGGCUGGGAAUAAUGCUCAGCAUUGAAUGGUUUAUUACUGCUAUCAAUUAUGAUUCCCAGCCAACUGUGAAUAACAACUCUGAAACUCAUGUAGAGCCAGAUGUGUCUAGUCUUAGUUUAAUUGAUAUAAUAAAUUUUAUUUCUUCUUCUAUAUCUUAAGGGCCCACGAUCAAUUUAUUGAUCAUUUUGGCUCCUAUGCAUGUAGAUGGGAUUUGUAAUGUUUCUGUUACUGGUGUUGAUGAAGAAAUCAUGCACAAGGGGUUUGAAGGCUGGAGGCAAUAGACACAAAUGUGUCUAGUGUUGUCGCCUCAACCGUUCCUUUUGAAAGAUUGUUCCAGUCCCUGAUUGUCUUGGGCAGGAAUGAGCAGCUCCUAUACUGGCUUCUUGCUGGUAGGAGCCUGAAUUGCCUGUCAUGGCCUCGACGCUGUCUAUGGUGGAGAGGGACGAGUUUCUGUUUAAUACUGGAACAGUGGACCAGCCCAUUAUUUAUCUUGUACAUCAUGGAGAGCCUGGAUUGUCGUCGUCGUUUCUCCAAUGGUGACCAGCCUAGUGUUUCUAGCAUUGAGGGACGAGUUUCUGUUUAAUACUGGAACAGUGGACCAGCCCAUUAUUUAUCUUGUACAUCAUGGAGAGCCUGGAUUGUCGUCGUCGUUUCUCCAAUGGUGACCAGCCUAGUGUUUCUAGCAUGCUGCCAACACUAGAGGUAUUCCUGUAGCGGUUUAGGACAAAGCGUGCUGCUCGUCGCUGGACAGCCUCCAACCUAAUGUCAAAUCCACUAAUUCAGUUUGUAACAUUUUAGAGUUUUCAUUUUAGUCACUUUGGCUUUGGAGUUUUUUUCAUUCAACUUCAAGUAGUGAAGUGAAAAUCUUAAAAGACUAGCCUACUAGCACUGAGAAAAGAUUAGAUUUUAAUUAGUAAGAUAUAGUUCACAUGGACAGGCAUUGUCGUAAGUUAUAAUUGAAUUUAUAAUGUGGUUGUUAAAUUAAGUGACUGAAUAAGAAGGGAAUCAGAUCUCAUAAUAAUAAUUCAUCAAUUAAUCUUUUGGUUUUAAUUAGGCCAACUUUUUAGUGUUCAAUUAAAAGAAAAAGCAAAAAUGUGAUAAAAUUAUUAGCUAUAAUACUGGCCCUAUUUGAAAAUGAGUUUUGACCGAGACAGUGGUGAACAUUCUGUUGUGUACUUUUUAGGGGCAGGCCUACUGACACUAUUGUGAUCAUAGAAAAGUGUCUGUCAUUGACUGAAAUGUAGAAUUAUGUUUUGGUUAGCAUUACUUUUAUAAAUACUUAAUGAAGGACCACUAAUUGAAAUAAAUGUCAAUAUUUUUUAAAAAUAUAUUUUUUGCUCUCAGAUCAGCCUCAGUUAGACAUCUUGUAAGAAACAUUCUUAUGACGUAGUUCUUAUACAGAAAUGGGAGGAUUAAACAGCACAUCCGAGGACACUGAAAGAGGUGACGUACAUAUUUACUACAUAAUUAAACAUGCAAAUAUUUGCCAUACACUAUUAACAAUUGUAUAAUUUUAAAGUGAAGAAAGAUAAUAAUAUUGUUAAUUGAUUUGUUAUCAAUGAUCAUUUUGUAAGGAUAACAAUACUUUUUAUGUAGCAUAGAUGAUAUAAUGAUAAAAAUACUUUUUAUCCACCAUAGAUGAUGUAACGAUAACAAUACUUUUUAUGUGCCAUAGAUUAUGUAAUUAUAACAAUACUUUUUAUGUACCAUAGAUGAUGAUAUUCAUACAAAAAGAGACAACUUUCAUUUAGGUGAGAAGGAUUUAGUAAUUUAUUUAUAUCUUAUUGAAAAUUUAUGAUAGAAAUAUUUAUUUGCCCAUUUUUCAGAUCAUGAAUUUUAUUAGACUUGAAACAUAAAUUUACAUCUUUAAAUGCAAUAAAAUAAUUUUAGCUACCAAUAUUAUGAAUACUUUAUUUCAUUAAGGUAUAUAUCAAAUAUAAUUGUAAAAACUAUAUAUUAUACUGACUUCAUCUACCUUGUUAUGUUUCUUGGAAAGUUAUGAAACUUUGAGCUUCAUGAACACAGCUGAAAGUUAUGAAACACUGAGCUUCAUGAACACAGCUGAAAGUUUUGAAACUUUGAGCUUCAUGAACACUGGUGAAAGUUAUGAAACACUGAGCUUCAUGAACACUGGUGAAAGUUUUGAAACACUGAGCUUCAUGAACACAGGUGAAAGUUUUGAAACUUUGAGCUUCAUGAACACAGCUGAAAGAAAAUAAUUUAAAUAAUGCCUUGAUUCAUAUCUUUGAAACUUUCAGAGGCAAAUCCAGAAAUCAAAAUAGUUGUGAUCUAUGAACAGCCACAAGGCACAGGUCUACAUCUCUGCUUGACCCUUGAUCCAAGUCAGCCCACAACAUCACUUAAAGCUGACCUAACACAUUUGACUGGUGUGCCAGCAGAGCAUGUGCUUCUCAUUCAUAAACUCAAGAAAUUAAAUGAUGAACUAUCUCUUCGGGACCAAGCCGUUGAACCAAAUGAUUUCAUAGUCUUUCGUGACCAGAGAUUAAGCUACUCAUUUCCUUAAUCCUCAUGUCUUCACUGUCAUUACUUAGCUCUCCAUUGAUGAUAAUGAUAAUCAUUAAGAGGAAUGUGACAAUUAUUAUUUUGAGAUUUUGCAGACUUUUCAAAAUACUUGAUCACAAGCCCCAAGUCUUACUUAUAACUUGUAAACAUUGUGUACAGCAUCUUUCAGAAAAAAAAAAGGUUUUUGUAAAAAAAAAUAAUAGAAAUGUGAUUUUGAAAAAAUCCACUAUGACACCCUUUCACACAUUGAUACACUACAACACUAUUGCACUUGUUGACACACUAUGACACACUAUGACACACAUUGACACCCUAUCACACAUUGAUACACUAUAACACUAUUGCACAUGUUGACACACUAUCACACACUAUGACACACAUUGACACCCUAUCACAUUCUAUCAUACACUAUGACAAUAAUCUGACACUUUAGUUGAACUGAAAUAAUUUUAUGCUUAAUGGAUCGUUAAUGGAUGCUUAAAAGAAUCCAUAAAAUCCUUUCAUGGUAAAUCUUGAUUUGUUUAGAUUUGAUGACUGAGAUAAAUCACCAGUGAUCAGUACUUCUUCUUGCAGUAAUAACUCCACGUCAUCAGGCUUUGUGACUGCAUUCAACAUUUCAGGCAGCUAAUACAAAUUUAGACUCUCCUAUCUACCUUUUUUGGUUACACAAUACUUUCUGGUGACCUUGAACUUAUAUAUCUUUCUCAUAAAUCUGUUAUGAUUUCUUCUCAUGACCACAGAAACCUAGUGGGAAAUCAUUGGGGGAUCACAUGAGCUUUUCACUAUUGCUCAGAGUUGUCUCCCUGUUGUUUGCAACUGUGUGGGAAAGGUAUAAGUGACAGAUUUUAGCUGUCUGUUUGGGAAUAUGUUUUCAUAUCAUGCCAUCAGUUUGACCAGGCAGGGAUAGCUUUGAAAAGCCCUAUGAUCUUAACAUUUCAUUUUCCUUACAGUCAUUUGGCUAGUAUUUGCAUUUGAAAAAUAAUUUAAAAUGUCUUAUGUUAACAUUUUUAUAGUUUAAAAUUGUCUUAUGUUAAAAUUUUUACAGUUUAACAUUGUCUUAUGUUAACAUUUUUUAGUUUAAAAUUGUUAUUUAAUCAGAAUGUUUACUAUCUGUGUUUUUUUUGUUGAUAUGCUGAAAAUAAUUAUGUUCAUUGUAAUCAAUACACGAUCCAAUUUAAUUGGAUGAAUAAAAGAAUCUUAUCUUAUCAUGAGGCCCAAUAUCUUAUCAUGAGGCCCAAUAUCUUAUCAUGAGGCCAGUAAAGAUCGUUAGUGAUGAAGAUGUUACUAGUAAAUAUAGUUUUAGUGUUAAUUAUCCACAUUCACAAAACACGAGGGAAGCCCAUGUAUUUAGCAUCAUAUAAAAUGAGUAAAACAGAGUAGGGUCUCUCCCCUCAUUACCCUAUUUAGCAUCACAACAAUUUAUUAUGUAUAAAUUACACUACAUGAAAUACAUCUCCGAAAUUGAAGGAAAUAUAACUGAUAUUGUCUAUUUACUUGACAUAUGACUUUCACACAGAUCUAUUAAAUAAGUGACCCAAUGCUAUGAGAUUUAUGGCGAGCGCCGAUGUCUUCAAUGAACAAAUGCUUCCCUUUUGCUUCUGUCCUUGUAUUCUUUUGCUGCGCAUGACAUAUAUUAAUUAACUCCUGUUCCUUCUAACUUAUAAAAACAAUACAUUAUUCCUAAACAAAAUAUAUUAUCUAAAUACUUGAUCUGUGACAUACGCCCCGCCCCUAUUGAAAAAAUUUUGUGCAACAAAAUUUAUUUAGCACAAAAAUGAAAUACUUUCAACAUAAAACGAAUAAAAUACUAUAACUUAAUUAAGACCCAUUCAUGGUUAAUACUUCAUUGCAAUUAUUAAAAAAUAUGUAAAAGUUUAUCUUGGAAAAAAUUGAGACUAUUUGUAAACUAUGUGCCCUGAUCAAAUAUCAGUAUAUCAAUUUGAUUUUAAAUCUUAAUGUUUAACUCACAUGUGGCAAGAUCUAUUUAUAAAUCAGAUAUCAUGAUGUCUCUUGUUAAUUUAUGGCAGGAAUACACCUCUGCUCAAUCAGUCUAAUAUAUUCAUAAUACUGUGUAUGUCAGAUCAUAACACUAAAGUCUUGUGUUGCAGGAAUACACCUCUGCUCAUUGAUUAUUAAAUAUUCAUAAUAUUCUGCUUUUGGAUGCAUGUCUUACACAUUCUCAAUUAUGCAUGGCUUAUACUCUCUUUUACUUAUUUGAGUCAUAUGAACUGAAACUUACAUUAUGUAUAUUGUCCUGAUUCUAUCACAACAAAUGAAAUAACAUAAAAAAUAUAACACAUUGUUAUGUAACCAAUAUCAUAUGUCAUCAAAAUCAUCCUUAUAUUGUAUCAUCAGUACAAAUAUGGACUAUUCAUUUGUGAAUAUAUUCACAUUCAAUAUUGAAAAACCAAUUAAUAUAUGUUUCAAUUUCUUUAUGUACAUACUUUCAGUUAAGUCACAAAGAGAUUGUGUCAGAAUACAAAA